AGUGACGGACUCACCGGCAGCGUGGACGGAGCUGUGGUGCAGGAAGAGGAGGAGAAGAGGUGACACAGGGAGGAAAAGCUGCCUGUAAACUGGAGGAAACCACAGGAGAGAGAGGGAGGCGGGAUAAACAGAGUGAUCACAGAGGAGAGAGAAGUCAUUCAGAGCAGGGAGAAGGAGAACGCUGGUAAAAUCAGACAAGGACCCAGACUGAGGAAAGCGCACGAAGAAGCCUUUCCUGACGGAGGGAGAAGCUGGAGUGUGUACAAAGUGGAAAAGGAGUAUAAAAAGAGGAGGAGAGUGAACCUGACCAAAGGCUUGCCUGACACAACAGAAGAAGAGGAGGAGCAUGAGGGCAAGUUGAUAGAUUUGAUUUGAAGAGAUUAUUUUUAGAAAGAGGAUCGAGGACAUGACAGGAAUAUUAAAAUGAGAGAUGCACUGACUAAGUCGCGGAGAAAAACUAUGGAGGAAGAGACCAGGAGACGGAGAAAAGGCGGUGAGAGAUGUUGAGAUCAGUGUCACUGAGUGGAUUAGCCUGGCUCAGAUUUUCCAUAGAAAACCUCUGUGCAUGUCUGUGAAUAUGCAUGAAUGCCCUCUUUUCAAUGUGAAAGCAUGUUGUGGGUUUCCAUCUGUGACGAUGGGGUUGAGAAGCAGAUCAAAAACUACUUGGAGGAUCCCUGAAGAAGCUAAUAAAACCGGUCAAAGCUGAGCACGAGGAGAGGAGUCGGAGCAUCUAAAGUGAGAAUGCACAGAGAGACUGAAAGCCAACAACCUUUGAAUAUCUUUUAUGUAUUAGAGUUUGUACUGAUUUCAGGAAAAGAUUGAUAAUAAUCUCAAUUGAUAAUCACCUCUGAGAGCCUGAUGGGCUUUGGAGCACUAAGCUACAACUCCACCAAAAAGGGAUGAGAUGGAACAAGAAAAUCUCUGCUAGGACAGACACAACCACACCAACCAAUCAAUCACCCCUGUCAUCUCAUUAUUUUAAUUAUCUUCCCUUCCUACAUUUGUUUUUGUCCUUACUGCUUAUCCUUUGGUAUUUUUAUUCUGCUCUCUUCUUUCUCUGUAUCCUCUUCAUCUUAUUCUUCCCUUUGCUCUCUCUGUCUUAUCAUCUCUUGUUCACUGUCACACUAACUGCCAUGGAUUCUGGACUCGCUCAUGUAGAAGACACCUUGCUUAGAGCACAUUUCCCUCUGAUUUGUCUCUUCUUUCCCUGCUGAGUUGAAUGAUUGGAGCAAUUUUCAGACUGAGACUAGGAAUGAGGACCAACAAGUAGCUGCUGCUGCUGUGUGAUGGACAACUUUAAACCACACAAGAAUCUUUUUGAUGUACACACAAUAUUAUUGUGAUUGAGUGCAUGGAUAGAUAAAGGUUAUAUAGUGGAUUUCUCCUGGAGCUACAUGUUGGCCCCUGUCCCUGAGGCCUGGCCAGGAAAUGACGCCUCUCCUGCGGUUGUAGGAGUGUUGUGGGCAGCCAUGGCCCUGCAGGGGCACUGUCUCCGGAGGGGUUCCCCAGCCAUGAUCAGAAAGGCUCGCAAGCGACGUCUCACGAAGCCAACUCUGGCUCAGGUCACUUCCACUCUGUUGUCAAGGACACGUCUACACGGCCUGCGGCAUGUUUGUGUCCCUGGAGGUUCUGUUGGCCGCCGGGCGUUCUGGCUGCUGGCCCUCUGCACCUCCCUGGGGUUGCUGUUAUCCUGGUCCUCUAACCGACUUCUUCUUUGGCUGUCCUUUCCCACGUACACACGAGUCCACACCGAAUGGGCCAAAGAACUUGCCUUUCCUGCUGUGACUAUUUGCAACAACAACCCAAUUCGCCUCUACAAACUUACAAAGAGCGACCUGUACUUUGCUGGCCACUGGCUUGGCCUGCUGCUGGCUAACCGAACAGUAAGACCUAUGGUUCUGGACUUGAUGCAGGAGGACCGUCUGUCCUGGUUCAGGAAACUCUCAGACUUCAGGCUCUUUCUGCCACCCAGAAACUUUGAGGGAACCAACCUGGAGUUUAUGGACAGACUGAGCCACCAGCUGGAUGAAAUGCUUCUGUCAUGCAAAUACAAGGGAGAGCCCUGUGGAGCGCACAACUUCUCCUCCGUGUUCACCAGGUAUGGAAAGUGCUACAUGUUCAAUGCGGCAGAGGAGGGGAAGACGCUGCGCACCACCAUGAAAGGAGGGACUGGGAACGGCCUGGAGAUCAUGCUGGACAUCCAGCAGGAUGAGUACCUGCCAGUCUGGGGGGACUCAGAGGACACAGCGUUUGAGGCAGGCGUGCGGGUGCAGAUCCACAGUCAGGCGGAGCCCCCAUUUGUUCACGAACUUGGGUUUGGCGUGGCCCCUGGCUUCCAGACCUUCGUGGCCACUCAGGAGCAGAGGUUGACCUACCUGCCUCCCCCAUGGGGAGAGUGUGAGUCCAAAGCUCUGGAGUCGGGCUUCUUUCAGGUCUACAGCGUAACGGCCUGCAGAAUUGACUGUGAAACUCGCUACAUUGUGGAGAACUGCAACUGCAGGAUGGUGCACAUGCCAGGUGACGCCUCCUACUGCACCCCUGAGCAGUAUAAAGACUGUGCUGAGCCUGCCUUGGCUAAACUGUCGGCUGUGGAGAGCAGCAGCUGCAUGUGCAGGACGCCGUGCAACAUGACCCGCUACAACAAGGAGCUGUCCAUGGUCAAAAUCCCCAGCAAGACGUCAGCGCGCUACCUGCAGAAGAAGUUCAACAAGUCAGAGAAGUAUAUCUCAGACAACAUCUUGGUGCUGGAUGUUUUCUUUGAAGCUCUGAACUACGAGACCAUCGAGCAGAAAAAAGCCUAUGAGGUGGCAGGAUUACUGGGUGAUAUUGGAGGACAGAUGGGUUUGUUCAUCGGAGCCAGCAUCCUCACCAUCUUGGAACUGUUUGACUAUGCCUAUGAGGUGGUGAAGGACAGAUUACUGGACUUACUCAGCAGAGAGGAGGAAGAUGAGAGUCAUGCUGAGGAAGUGAGCUCCUGUGACCCAGUGGCAAACCACUCAGAAUCCAUCAGCCACACGGUGACGGUCCCCCUCCAGACGACGCUGGGCACCCUGGAGGAAAUUGCCUGCUGAAGUUCACCCCCGCCCUCCCCUUCACAGCCACACAUACCCAGCAGCGAAGAGAAGUCCGCCUCCACCAGGUUUUGCUACAGAUCCCUGUUGUAGCAUCCUGCAAAAAUCUUAACUGCAUGGCGGGGAGGAGGUAGUGGGACUGAGGACAGGCUGUGCUCCGUCACAGCCCUCUGUCUGAGGCACUAAUGGGGAUUAAGGAGCUGUCAGCUGGAUUUCUCAGCUUUUUUCUCUUACCUUGGACCAUAGUGAAGGACGGGGAGCCUCCGCUCUGCUGGCCCUUCGACGGGGUUUCCACAUAUAUGCACAAAGAAUAUCAAAGACUGUGUGGGAGGCAUCCCUACUGAGGGGUCUAAUUCUUCUGCAGUAUAUCUAUGUAAAAAUCAAAAAAGAAAUGUUGACAUGUUGCUCACUGCCAAAAUAGCUGUUCAAAACUGUUCUCCAAACUGCAUGUGUUGUUCUAUCUUGCUCUCUUUGCUGAUACAUAGGCUGGACUUGCAGCUUUAGAGUACAUGUGUGCCAUUUUGUCUUUCUACCUGCAGGAAAGUCCUGUGCUAAAGGCCCAGGUGAAGAAUCAACCUUUGAAUGUACAGAUUGAACAGACGGUUGUCAGAGUCACCAGUCACAAGCAGUUGAUCAUUUAUUAUUUCAAAAUUAUAAGAGAAUAAGCCAGAUAUUAUUGGUUUGGUUUGACAAGAAAAUAUAGGCUUUACUUUUUCCCCCCCCAACAGAAAACAGUCAGAUAUAAAUAUUUUUCUGCCCGUAUUUUGUUUCGUUCACAUGCUGUAUUUUUGUUAGUUGGUUUUAACAGCUGGCAGGUUUGCUGUGUGACUCCUGUGGCAUUGAGUUUUUAUUUACACACCUCAUUGAAGGUAUGUCA